AUGGGAGACUUAAACUCACACAGUGCCAUGUGGGGGUCUCGAGUGGACGAUUUGAGGGGCAGGAUCCUGGUGGAUUGGAUCUCCGACUUGGGGCUGUGCUGCCUCAGUACAGGAGGGGCCAGUACCUGCGUCCGCCCGCAGGGCGAGUCGGUGGUGGACGUGGCGUUCGCAAGCCCGUCCAUUGCCGCGACAUUGGUGAGUUACUGGGUGCUCGGGCUGGAGACCCUGUCCGACCACUUGUACGUCCACUUAGGAUUCGGCGAGACGGGAUACCAGGCGACUCGCAGGAGUCACCCCCGUCCCGCUCGGUGGGCGUUGCGGUCGUUCGAUCGCGACCGCAUGGAGGCGGCAAUUAUAGCCGGCACAUGGGUGCCCGCACCGCCGGCAGAGACAUGGGACGUCGAGAAGGCUGCGAUCUGCAGUCGGAAUAUAGUCCGCGACGCCUGCGAUGUGGCGAUGGCUCGGGCGAGGCCGCGCUUCAGGAGGGCCAUGCCCUGGUGGACACCGGAGCUGGCGGAGCUGAGGCGCCGCAGAGUUGGACCUACGUGUUCAGCGUCUCAGGGCGGCGCGAAGGCGACGUUGAGAAGGGCGAUCGCCAAGGCGAAGGAGCGAUCCUGGGCGGAUUUCACCGCCACUCUCAGUGAGGAGCCCUGGGGCAGGCCGUACCUGGUCGUUAUGAACAGACUCAGGAGAUGGUCUGCCCCAGUCACAGAGACGCUCGAGCCGGGUGCACUGGAAGGCGUCCUAAAUGCCUUGUUCCCGGUUGAAACCGAACCGCGCUCCUGGGACGAGGAGGAGCUCCCGGAGACGGGAUGGAAGACCUGGCAGCCCGAAUACGAGGUGACGUGUGAGGAGCUCAUCGGUGCCAAGCGGCGGAUGAUGUUGCGCAACGCCGCACCGGGGCCCAAUGGUAUCCCAAUUUUCCCGGUUGAAACCGAACCGUGCUCCUGGGACGAGGAGGAGCUCCCGGAGACGGGAUGGAAGGCCUGGCAGCCCGAAUACGAGGUGACGUGUGAGGAGCUCAUCGGUGCCAAGCGGCGGAUGAUGUCGCGCAACGCCGCACCGGGGCCCAAUGGUAUCCCGUACAGGGCAUGGGGAGUGGCGGUAGACCUGAUGGGUGGUCGCAUGAGAGCCCUCUUCACAGAGUGCCUGCGGAGGGGUGUAUUCCCGGCAGCAUGGAAGCGGGCGGCACUAGUGCUGCUGAGGAAGCCGGGGAAGCCGGCGGACGCGGCGACCGGAUACCGCCCGAUAUGUAUGAUAGACGACGAGGCGAAGCUCUUUGAGCGG